CUCUAACACUUCUCUGCCUUGAAAACAACUUUCUCUCCUCUUUUUGUUUCUCCUUCUUUUCUUCUGUUCAGCUGGGCGCUUCAUUGUGAGAGCUGCCAAAGGCCUUCUCAUUUCCCUGCGGCGCGUGUUUUCAGCGAAACAGAAACAGGCGACUGUUGCUGAGGAGUUCUGGCUGGGCUCGUGUUGUUGUGUGUUUCUUCAGGUCUAGCGAACCUCUGGAAGACAGACUCCACUGCGUUCGGCCUCGCUCUCAAGAGUUCUCCACACGUGUCUAAACGUGUCCUGCUCUGGAAGACAGCAUGAAGAGUUUCAGCCGGUCCCAGCUGACUGCCAUGACAACAGGUUUGCUCCUGCUCUGUCUGGGUAGCUCAGGUCUGGAGCUCAGUCCCAGCGUCUCUCCGGUCGUCCUCUCCAUCAACUCCUCCUUCAGCAUCACCUGCUCCGGCUCGAACAACGUCACCUGGCACUUCAAGCGGGAGGAGAGAGUUCCAGAGUUCCACGUCGAGAAGACAAGCUCCUCCUCCUCCAGCGUUCUCCGUCUGGAGCAGGUGACGUGGAGACACACGGGCGUUUAUGUGUGUUCGGAGAACGGGACAAAUGAGACCAGAGAGGUGGCCGUCUUCGUACCUGAUCCUGAGGUGUGGUUCCUGGAGAACGAUCAUUUAAUGGUGACUAAGACGAGAGAAGAAGGCACUAUCCCUUGUCUGGUGACAAAUCCCUUGAUAAACGUCAUGCUGUACGAGAGUGACACAGAGAUAAUGGUGGAGGGUUCAUACAACCCCAGCAUGGGCUUCACCGCCAUCCUGGAGGACAGAACCUACAAAUGCAAAGGAAAGCUAAACGGAGAGGAGAAAGAGUCCAUCCCCUUCUACGUCUUCAGUAUAUUUGCUCCCGAGGCUCUGGACCCCUACAUCAACGCCUCCAAAACGGUCCUGAAGCAGGGCGAGACGCUGAAUGUCAACUGCACCGUUCACGGCGUGGAGCUCGUCUACUUCUCCUGGGACUUUCCCCACAAAGACGUGGGGGACAUUGAGCCCUUGACUGACAUCCUGUCGUCCAUGAGCAUGCGGUCCUGUCUCAACAUCACAGACGUGUCUCUGGCCAGAUCGGGACAGUAUGUUUGUCACGUAAAUGAGGGUGUGCUGAACCAGAUAGCUUCAGCCAGUAUUAACAUCACUGUACUGGAGAAAGGAUUCGUGGCUCUUUCUUCACAUCUGGGCAGGAAGGUCUCAGCACAGCUCGGAGAAAAUGUGGAUCUGAAGGUGGAGAUCCAAGCGUAUCCCAAACCCAGCGUGCAGUGGAGUAAAGACGGCGCUCCUAUCAGAGGACACAGCACCAGACAGGACCAAGAGACCGGGUUUGUCAGCACACUGACCCUGGUCAGGAUCCGACUGGAGCAGAUGGGCCUCUACACCGUCAGAGUCCAGAACCAAGAUGACUUUAAAGAGAUGAGCUUUGACCUAGAGGUGAAAGUUCCUCCUCAGAUAACUGAACUCUCUGACCAUCAGCUGCCGGGUAAGAAGCACGCGGUCACCUGUGUGGCGGAGGGAGUGCCGUCUCCCAGCAUCCAAUGGUUCAGCUGUGACCGCAUGCCCAAGUGCAGUAACAGAAGUGUGGCGUGGAGCCCCCUGGUGGAGGAUCCUGAGAAAGUCAGCAUCCAGACUACCGUCAGCUACAACAUCACACGCAAGAUCCACCAGGUGCACAGUCAGGUGACUCUCCUGCGGCCGCAGCUGCUCACCAUCCGCUGCGAGGCCCGCAACGAGAGAGGAGCCCGAGCCCGAGACAUCAGACUGGUCCACAGCACGUUGUUUUCUCAGGUGGCCGUUCUCGCCGCAGUCUUAGCACUGGUGGUCAUCGUCAUUAUCUCCAUCAUCAUCCUCAUCGCUGUGUGGAGGAAGAAACCGCGCUAUGAAAUAAGGUGGAAGGUGAUCGAAUCGGUCAGCUUGGAUGGACACGAGUACAUCUACGUUGACCCAAUUCACCUGCCCUAUGACCUGGCCUGGGAGAUGCCACGGGACAGUCUGGUGCUGGGUCGGACACUUGGAUCUGGAGCGUUUGGGCGUGUUGUUGAAGCGACGGCGUACAGUCUCGGCCGUUCCCAAUCUGCCACUAAAGUGGCAGUGAAAAUGCUGAAAUCGACGGCUCGGAGGAGCGAGACUCAAGCUCUGAUGUCUGAACUCAAGAUCAUGAGUCAUCUGGGUCCUCACCUCAACAUCGUCAACCUGCUGGGCGCCUGCACCAAACACGGUCCGAUCUAUCUGGUGACAGAAUACUGCCGCUAUGGGGAUCUGGUCGACUAUCUGCACAGGAACAAGCACAGCUUCCUCCAGUACUACGCCGACAAGAACCACAUCGCCAACGGCAGCCAGAUCAGUAACGACAGCGAUGUGCCAACCGGGAAAGAAUAUGUGUCGUUUGGCAGCGAGUGUGAUGGAGGAUAUAUGGACAUGACCAAAGACAAGCAGACUGAAUACGUGCCGAUGCAGGAGCUCACGGACACCAUUAAGUACGCAGAUAUCCAGCCAUCACCCUACGAGUCUCCUUACCAGCAAGACAUCUACCAGGAGCAAGGUCACAGGGUGGACCGGUCUCUGGUCAUCAGUGAUUCUCCGCUCCUCAGCUACACUGAUCUCGUGGGUUUCAGUUAUCAGGUGGCCAAAGGCAUGGAGUUCUUGGCCUCGAAGAACUGUGUGCAUCGGGAUCUGGCAGCUAGAAAUGUCUUGAUCUGUGAGGGCAAACUGGCCAAGAUCUGUGACUUUGGACUGGCCAGAGACAUCAUGCACGACAACAACUACAUCUCCAAAGGCAGCACGUUUCUUCCUCUGAAGUGGAUGGCACCGGAGAGCAUCUUUCAUAACCUGUACACCACGCUGAGUGACGUCUGGUCCUAUGGCAUCUUACUGUGGGAGAUUUUCACUCUGGGAGGAACCCCGUAUCCAGACCUGCCCAUGAACGAGUUGUUUUACAGCGCUCUGAAGAGAGGAUACCGCAUGGCCAAACCCUCGUACGCCUGCGAGGACAUUUAUGAGGUUAUGAGGAAAUGUUGGGAUGAGAAGUACGAGAAGCGUCCCGAGUUCUCCUUUCUGGUGCACACCAUGGGGAACAUGCUGUCAGACGGAUAUAAAAAGAAAUACUCUCAGGUCAGCGAAAGCUUUCUGAAGAGUGAACACCCCGCGGUGGCCCGUGUGAAGCCGCGUGUCCCGUCUCCGUUCCCCAACACCUUUCCAUCCUCCGAUCUGAGCCCAAACCCCACCCCCCGCCCGCAGGUCGACGGAGAGCUGCACAACGAGUACAUCAUCCCCAUCCCCGAUCCCAAACCAGAGGAGGAGACCCAGGACGGGCCGGUGCUGAUGGAAAUCCCCUCGAGCUCAUUUAGUUCUGAUGAGGAGACGGUGUCCAUGGAAACCCCGAGCACUGAGCCUGAGCGUGAGGAUCUGCUGCCAGAUCAUUCUGGAAGUCCAGAGGUGGAGGAGAGCUUCCUGUAACACACUCCUGCUUCCUGUCAUCAAGUAAUUUUAAUCUACAUUUUGAGCAGAUUUUUAUCAGAUGCAUCAGAAUGAUAUGCUAGAAUCCUCAUGUGCGCUUAAAGAGCAUCUGUGAAGGUUGAGGCUUGAACCAGACCAGUUUUUGUAUUCUUUUUUUACUAAAGUGGUACAAUGCAGUAUUAUAAACUGCAGAAGGCAAAGCUACAAUCAGCUGAUAUGUACAUUAGUGGGGUUACUUUUUGUGUUAGUCAUUCUCAGCAUUUUUGAAAUUAAGUGCAUAAUUCAUUUCUUUUUCUUUUAACUUUAGAUUUUUUUUGUCAAGAUUCUUGUAGCAAACUUGCACUUUAAUGUUUAUGAAUAAUUGAAGCAAAUAGAUUAUACACGUGAUUAUUUGUGAUUUCAUUUUCUAGUUGUACAUUCAGUACAGAGAAACGACAGAACCAUGGAAGCCUGAUUCCACCAGAUUGAAAAAAAUAGUAAUUGCGACAUUUUAUCUCAAAA